GUAUGCCGGGCGGAAACGAAUGGGGCCCGUGCUGCAGACGCGGAAGUCUGCUGGUUAGCGGAAGCGUGCAGGGUUGGAGCAGUGAUCGAAUGAUCACUUUGCGGGUCCGCAAAGAUUGGGAGAAGCCUCACUGACACCAUGGAACACCAGCAAGAAGUCUCAGAAUGCAGAACCGAGCAGAGAUUUGAGGAGCAGAAAGGAAAUGAGCAAGAUUCCCAAUUCGCUGAUGCUGAAAAUGGAAGUCAAACCAAUGAAGUCUCAGAAUGCAGAACUCAGCAGAGAUUUGAGGAGCUGAAAGGAAAUGAGCAAGAAUCCCAAUUCCCUGAUGGUGAAAAUGGAAGUCAAACCGAUGAAGGAUAUCAAGAAUCCACGAAUGAGAAGUCUGAAAAGGAGUCGACGGGAACUCUGCAACUUCUACAGUUCACAGAGGGAAGUGAGGAUGCCUCAGAAUGGAGAAAAGAGCAGAGAUUGGAGCAGCUGAAAGGAAAUGAGCAAGAAUCACAAUUCGCUGAAGGUGAAAAUGGAAAUCAAACCGAUGAAGGAACUCAAGCCUCAGAAUGCAGAACUGAGCAGAGAUUUGAGAAGCAGAAAGGAAAUGAGCAAGAAUCCCAAUUCGCUGAUGAUGAAAAUGAAAAUCAAACCGAUGAAAGAAAUGAAGGCUCAGAAUGCAGAACUGAGCAGAGAUUUGAGGAGCAGAAAGGAAACAAGCAAGCAUCCCAAUUCACUGAGGGUGACAAUGGAAGUCAAGCCGAUGAAGAAAAUCAAGAAUACAGAAAUGAGCAGAGAUUUGAGGAGCAGAAAGGAAAUGAGCAAGAAUCGCAAUUCUCUGAGGGUGAAAAUGGAAGUCAAACCGGUGAAGAAAAUCAAAAAUGCAGAACUGAGCAGAGAUUUGAGGAGCAAAAAGGAAAUGAGCAAGAAUCCCAAUUCACUGAGGGUGAAAAUGGAAGUCAAACCAUUGCAAAAAAUCAAGAAUCCAUGAGUGAAAAGGGUGAAAAGGGGUUGAUGAGAACUCUGCAAUCUCCACAGUGCACAGAGUGUGCUCAGGAUGGUUCCUCCAGAGUAAAGAGAUAUGAUCAAAUAGAAGUAACAUCUCGAUCUCCAAUAAAGAACCAGAGAAAAAGACAUAUCGCUGCUGUGUCAGGUUAUGGAACGGAUUCAGAAUCACCAGAACCUCUGAAGAAAUCUCCUAAAGGUCCUGUGCCAGCAUAUGGAUUGGAUGCAGAAUCAUUAGAACCUCUGAAGAAAUCUCCUAAAGAUGGAACCUCAGUUGGAAGAUAUCUUCAGAAAGAGCCAGAUGGCCCUCCAGUUGCUGCUAAGGGGAGUGUGGAGUUACAGCCCUGCCCAGAACCAGAGAAGAUGGACUUUUCUGAUGAUACCAGCCGUGUGUCUCCAGAUGGGAACCAGUCUGAAGAUAACAAUGAUCUGACACCUCAGAAUUCUACAGAUGAAGAUAUGGAUUCAGAAUCUGAGAUGAAAGCUGAUGGGUUGCAAGAUCCCACAGGACCAUCGACGCAGCAAACGUUCUCUGCUGGUGGUAUGCAAACAGUUUCUUAUAGACAGCCUAGGACACCAUAUUCAUGCCCAGCUCAAGCUGACAUUCAGCAAUCCAUGAGUUACAGGGUGCCCCAGAACCACACUGAAACACAACGUGGUGUGCCGUUGUCCAGGCAGCGAGUAGCAGAUUAUGGAACCAAACAAACAACACACAAAGGUCCAUUUCCUUCAACUGGCAAUAUGCCAAGAGUUUUCCAUGGAAAAUCUCCAUUACAAUUUUCAGACAUGGUUCAAGCUGACAUUCGCCAAUCCACAAACUACAGGAAGCUGCGGAACUACACUGAUGCAGAACAAAGUGCACAGUUCAUCAGGCCGAGUGUAGCAGGAUCCAACUUCUUCUGGAAGCUUGUAAUUCCAAUAAUAGGACUGAUUGCAGUCUUGAGUGCCUGCGUAUUUUGCCUUUGGAUAUCCAAGGUGACUGAUCAACAAAUUUUGAAGGAGAGAGAGGAGCUGCUCCUGGGCAAGUGGAAAGAGAUGGAGACCAUGUUCCCAAAUCAGCAGAAGGAACUGUGGGCGCGGAGCAGUAUUUUGUUGAAGAAGCACGUAGGCACAGCAGUGCACACUCAGCCUGUUAUCCUCAUGUUUGCUGCUGCUCAAGAUGCUCAUGGAACCAUGCAAUGCCUCGCACGUAGGGUAGGCGAAACUUACGCUUCCGUUUUCAAUUCAAAUACACUGGAAAUCAAUGGAUCUGACAUGAAGUCAUGGAACAGCGAUGCAGCGAAGCUAGAGCUAGACAAGCGGCUGUCAUCUGCGUUCCAGGAAGGGAGAAAGGCGGCCAUUAUUCAUCACUUCCAGGAUUUCCCGCCCCCUUCUACCCUUCUGUUCUACAAGUACUGCGACCAUGAACAUGCCGCUUUCAAGGACGUCUCCCUGUUGAUCACGGUCUUGCUGGACAAGCCAACGUUGAAGCCGGACUUGCCUCUUAAAGAUUUGGAGGAGACAGUCCAGGACUUCCUCAAGAAGCUGUUCUGCUCCAAUGAACUGCAAGCAUUCAAUGUCAUGGACGCAGACAAACUGGGCGGACUGUGGAGCCGCAUUGCCCAUCUGGUGCUGCCGGUCAGGGUGGAGAGAGAAAUCGAAGAUGGGGACUGCCCAGUUUGAAGUGAUGAGAUUGAUGUGUACGGCACAGAGUUUAGAAUCUUGAAUGAUUCACCUGUUCUGCGCUGAUUGUGCAUUGUCUGUGAAAGGCCUGUUGUUACUUGAGUCACAAAAUCUGAUUAUUUCUUUUCUGCUGUCUUGCUAAAAUCAAAUCAGUGGUGGAAUAUUUUUUUAAAUAACACGUGAGUAUUGUUAUGAACCUGGAUCUGAUGUUUUCUGGGGUAUGGUGGGGUUGGGGAUGGGGGAGCUUAAAACGUUUUUUAAACAAACCAGUACUUUUUGUAAAUUUUGGUAUGAAAAGUUUGUAUUAUUUAUAUUAAUUUUUUGCCUCCACUGGAGAUACCAUAUGUGUUUUGGAAUACUGUCUUACCUGCCUAGCUAACUCUCAUUAAGGAGCCAUGUGAAAAAGUGGUCUGCCCAAGGCAGUACAACACGCAACAAAAACAAAAAUAAAAAUACCUGGAAAAACUCAGCAGGUCUGACAGCAUCUGCAGAGAGGAACACAGUUAAUGUUUCGAGUCCGUAUGACUCUUCAGCAGUUCAACAAUUAGUCUGGUUGCCAGCUUUAACUCGAUGUAUUCCUGGAGGUUUCAUCAUGUGACCUCCACACUCCGAUUGAGUCUUUAUUACUUGACAAGAUGAUUGUUGACUGUCAUUUAAAAACCCUUUCUUUCCUAACUCCAAUAUUUUGUUAACUAAUAAAAAGCCUUGAAUCAAUUUUUUUUCUGGGUUGCUCCAAGCUAUGUCCUGGAGAUUAAUUUUCAAUCCCUGAAGGGGUGGCAAUCCUCCAUGUAAGGCACUACUGAUCUCCAGGUGCUGCUGCAGGGAGCUGCCAAGUCGAGCCCAAGAGUCCUUGCAGAGCAAGUUGGGGCUAGAAAUUGAUAAUUUGCUUGGUCACUGUUGCACACCCAUUUGCUGGCUGAAGAGCAGCAUGGUCAAAGCCGAGGUCCAUACCAGUUUGCUCAACCUCUCAAUCACGGCGAUUGCAGGGCCCAGACUGGGAUUUGAGAGGAGAAAACAAAGGGAGCUUGAACACUGGAAUACAGCAGGCAUACAAGCUCAUUCAAAACCCCUUUUUUGGACAUUCUUGGUGAUUUCCAUUCUACAAGGAGCCCCAUUCAUAAUUUAACUUUUCUCAGCAGUACAAAGAUUAACUUCCACUCCAAAAAUAUAAUAAUGUUUUCAAUUGGAAUUGUACAUAUUUAUUAUGAUUGUGUUUUAUAUAUUUGUCUAUUACCCUUGAAGUACUUAAAAAUUCAUAAUAAAAAGUUUGUAGGAAA